AUACCUCGUUGUUCAUGAAUUAAAUCCAUAUAUAAUGGAUUCGAGUCAUCUAAAGCUCAGCAAGUGAUAACCACUAUACCUUUCACUUUCAAUAAGAUCUAAAAUCAUUCACAAUCUUAAUUAACGAAGUACAGACAUCGCAUAACUGCUUUCGGCUUCUAUUCUGUCCAAUAGAGAGAUGUAAUGUGAAGAAAGAUUAGGACGCCAUGAUUUAAAGGAUCGUACAAGUGCUCGGCUCAACAGCUAGCGUUGUAGUUGCGUUUGACUGAUAAGUAUUCUAUUACACAAGGCCUUAAUGCUAAAAUUGCUAGAGCCUCAUCUCCAUGAUUAGCUUCCACAGGGAUUCCCGAAAAGGGCGCAACUCUUGAGCACCAUACUGAGCAAGCUACUACCAUAUAACCUCUCUCUCAUUCCCAACCUAUUUCUAACGUUUCUGGCACUUUCAUUCUCCUUUUGCAUACGACACGCGUACCUCCGACGAAGCCCCCCGAAGUGAAGCACCCUAUUUUGGUAACAUUGGUAUCGCCCGAUUCCCAAUCGAAUUCUAUGCAUGGGCCAUGCAAAUCAGUGGUCGGCACUCACGUUUGACCAACCUCCGCAGCUCCCUAUGAGUGAUGGUUUACUCAGAGGCACCGAUGCAAUGCCUACUGCCAAAUCAAUCUUGGCAGCACCCUUUCAGCGCAGUGAGCGCAGGUGCUCGAUACAACCAAGCCUAUUAUCUAGCUCUCAGCCCAUCUUUGUACUCUGAAAUGGGACAUGAAGAGCGCGGGGACCUUAGAUGAGUUUUUUUAUGCUUACUCCUCUAUUUGGUCACUAUGUCGAUUUCGAUGCAUGCUUCAACGCACAAUCUUGUGAUUUGCUUUCAUUGGUUCCCGCCCACAAUCAUGACAUUAUUGCGGAUCAAUCGAAUACAGCUGCAGGCCCAUUGCUUUUGAGCCGUGCAAACAUAGCCGCCAUUCCAAACAAUCAGACUCCGCCCCUUCCUACGCUCAUCCAAUCACCGGCCGCUGUCACUGCUCCUAUCCUACUUGCACUCAGGAGUUCAACCGCCCAGGAGAUCAUCUUGAACAUAUCUCAUCAGUUCAUCAGCGCGGUCAGACAAAUCAGGGAAAGAAUCUCUGCCCUAUUGUUGAAUGUCGUCGAAGCUACGGGAAGGGCCUUUGUCGCACUGACAAAGUCAAUGAUCAUUUGAGAAAGGUUCAUGGUCUUGAUAGACUUGCUUCAGCUGGUGACUCUGUUGCUAGUGGUUCUUCUGCCAACGGUGCUGUACGUGCAUCAGCCACCGCGAGUGGGACUGUUGCUUUGACUCAAAAUUGGAAUCGAGGGGGGUUUUGAUUUGACACAGAUAAACGCAGUGCUGUCAGUUCGUAGCGUACUUGUGAUGAAAAUAAUGAACUUGCCGACGGCAACGAUAAGGAUGACGCAAUACCCCAGGAAGCAAUAACACUGAGGAGGAAGAUGAAGAUCCAAAUUCUGGAGAUGGAGCAAUGUGGUUUUGGAUAUGACAAUGGAUGAAAUAUGCCGGAUUGUUUACUUUUCAUGUAAGAUUAGAAUGGACUGUGGACAAGUAUUUAGAGAACCUAGAUUGUGCUUCGAAAAAUGCGCGUGUCCAAUCUAUACUAUCCAAACCAAGACUGAUGAUAUUCCAUUAAAUCAAAGACUUCAAAGCACUAGCUUUGCACGAUCGAAAGCAAAUCUGGGCCCAAAAUAAUGAGUCGAAAAACCCUCCUGGCAAUACUAUUACCUACUGCAAGUAUAAAGACAUUGCUUUCGACAAAUUGUAACAGAGCUAUGCGAUGCUUUCUAUCACGGUUUUAUCAUGGAUUUAAAGUAGGCGGGGUUCUGCGAGGGAG